AUGGCUGAGCUGCUGUUCGCGCCCGCCGUGACCGGCCUCCUCCACCUGCCGGAAGUUCUGGACCGACUCGCCGCCGCGGACAGUGACCAGCGCGGCAACGCCCACCACCACCACGCGGCGCACGGGCAUGGACAGCAUCGCGCACACGGCGUCGGUGCUGGCGGCGGCGCGCCUGUGGACAUCGUGGAAACCCCCGGCGAGUACGCCUUCCUGCUCGACGUCCCCGGCCUCUCCAAGUCCGACAUCCAGGUGACUCUGGAGGAGGACAACGUGCUGGUGAUGAAGAGCGUUAACGCCAACGGCAACGGCACCGGCGCGGGGAAGCGGAAGCGGGACGACGAGGAGGGAGACUGCAAGUACAUCCGGCUGGAGCGGCGCGCGUCGCCGCGGUCGUUCGUGCGCAAGUUCAGGCUGCCGGAGGACGCGGACGCGGGCGGCGUCACCGCGCGCUGCGAGAACGGCGUGCUCACCGUCACCGUCAAGAAGCAGCCGCCGCAGGAGAAGAAGCCCAAGUCCGUCCAGGUCGCCAUCGCGUGAUCGAUCCAGAGCUUGCUACGGAGCAUUUGGUAGUACUUCAGUGUCGUCAGUGUAGCGGUAGUUAAGUUCGUGGCGGGAGGAGGGUUCU